AUGAAUUAUUCUUUUGCGUACGAAAGUAAAGCAAGUGAGGGGUUGUCAAGCUUCCAAAUAUCUAAAAAGGCUACUUCUACUGCACCAGCUAAGAGAUAUUAUCUUGAUGAUGUGUUCUCUGAGUCAGUGACAAAUAAGCAAGUCUAUAAUAAGUUCUGCAAAGAUCUUGUUCUUAGAGUCUGUGAUGGAUACAACGGAACCAUCUUUGCAUACGGCCAAACUUCAUCUGGUAAAACACACACCAUGAUCGGCAAGAAAGGCGACUCUGUCAACCUGGGAGUUGAUUGCUUAGCCGUGCAGCAGCUGUUCGAUUAUGCAGCAGAAAAUGAUUCAUCUGAGAUUACAGUUUGGGUGUCUUACAUGGAGAUCUACAACGAAGUCAUCAAUGAUUUACUUGACAAAGACUCGACCAAUCUGAAGAUAAGAGAGGACACUUCCAACUCGAUGGGAGCUUAUGUCGAAGGACUCAAAUCAGUUAGAAUCCAAAAUUAUGAAGAAUUUAUGGAGGUUCUUGAAAAAGGAGAGAAAGUCAGACAAUAUGGACAAACGAAACUGAGCGAGAAAUAUACAGAUGUAUAUUCUUCGAGAAGUCACACCAUAGUCAGAAUUAUGGUUCAAAAUAAACCAAACAGUGCUAACUUUGUGAAAGACCAAGAUAAACAGUUGCAUAUGUCUUUUAGUGUUAAAUACUCGAUUCUGAAUUUGGUAGACCUUGCAGGAAGUGAGAGAUUGUCUGAUGUUGGACUUGAUAGAACCAAAGAAACUUCUCACAUCAACACAAGUUUGUUUGUGCUCUCCAAAGUCAUCAACUGCCUUGCUAGCAAAUCCAAGAGCACUCACAUUCCGUUCCGUGACUCCAAACUUACACAGCUGCUCAAGAACUCUCUCGGAGGCAACUCAAUGACCAGCGUCAUUUGCACGGUGAGCCCGAACUUGCCUCACUUGCCUCUGACUGUGUCUACCCUCGAGUUCGCAAAGAGAGCCAAGAACAUUAAAGUCAAAGCUAGAGCCAACGAAGUCAUUGACGACCACGACAUCGUCCAAAAUAGAGUCAAAGCAAUGGAAGCCAUGAUUGCCAAACUUGAAAGGAAUAUUGACCAGUUGAACGAAGAAAUGAGUCAACACAAGCAGAGUAACUUUGAUUUGAAGCUGCAGAUCAGAGAUUAUGAAGACAAGAUAAGGAUGUAUAAUCAACAAAUGACUGAAGAAGUCAAUACACAAUUCAAAGAUUCUCCACAAGAUGGAAGCAUGUCAGUCUUGAUACCUGAGACUCCAAAAAUCCCUAAAUACAUAUCAUACACAGAUAUCAAUACAAACUGAACCCAGUGAGGCAUGCAGAUUCUCAAUGCAUCCAAUUUAUUUGUUAAAUCUAAAGGGCUGAUAAACCCAAGCGACUCUGAACUUUACCAAGAGAGGCUUGAUCAGAUUGAGUCAUUCAUAACAAAUAAGUUUCAGAAAUGUGAUGACUGUCAGACUGUUAAUAAUAUACUCACAAAAGAGGAUAAAGCUACAACUUGCUGCACGUUUAAUUCAGUAUCAGCAGGGUGCCAAACUGAUGAAACACUCAGCGACGAUUAUAUGUUCUUCUACAACAUGGUUGAAGGAUACCUCAAACAAUGCUUACAAGCCAAAGCGUAUAAGGUAGUUAAGAAGGAUUUCAAACUUAAAGAUUCAAACAAAUAUGAGCUGUAUAUGGACUUCUUCAGAGCCAAAGUGGCUAUCAAGAACAAGAUUCAAGCCUUUAUUGAUAAAUAUGAAUCUGCUCAUACAAUUCAGGAGAAAAUCGAAGCGUAUUCUACUCUCUUACAAGAAAAUAAGAAAAACAAAAAGAGAGGCCUAAAAUCUGAUUCUUCACUUAAUAAACAAAAAGAAAUUAUCAUUGAAGAAUUAAGUCGAUGGGCUAAUUUGAAAAAUUCAACCAAACCAAAAAUUUCUGAAGAUAUUAAAAGCAGGAAAAAUUCAGGCCUUGUAGUUGAAAAGAAGGAGAAGAUGCUUAUGCCAGCUAGAUCGAUAAACCCAUCAGAAUUAACGAAUCCGUACAAGUUGACUCCUACCUCAAUGAAUUCUAUUGAUGAUAACAGAUUGGAGAAUUUCUUAAACUCUCCUAUUGGUCCAGAUAAUGCAUCGAAGGAGAUUGCUCAAUCUAAGAUCACUCCAAAGAGAGAAGUUUCGUUGCAAUCAAGUUUGAAGAAGAAGCGUAAAAAUAGUAUUAGGAUUUCCAACCAGAGAGGAACCAAUCCUCCACGUACAAAUGUACAUUUGAACAAGACCAAGUUCUUUAACAGAAGAGUUAUGUCAAAUUUAAAAUCUCGGCAAAAAGAUCUGAAUAGGAAGGAGAACUCAAGAACUCCUUUAAAUAUUGCAAAAGAAAAUUUACCUGCUCUUAAAAAAGUUGUGAAUACCCCAAAUAUCAAAAAUCUGAUGAACAAAAUUCCGAGCCGUAACAUCAUCACUAACGAGGAAGACUCAUUUCUAAAGGCGAGGUAUCCUGCGAAGUUACCUUCGAUGGAGAAUGCUCCUGAACAGCCAUCUAUUGAGGAUUUGGAGGUGACAAUGAACUUUGAGAACCCAAUUUCUCCGAAGAAAAUGGUCAGUAAUGACGCAUCAGUUGACUUAGAUCUGAAGGACCCUGAGAUUUUGGAAGAUCGCCUUGAAGAUAUCCUGAUUGAGGAGCUUGAUAGUGAGGAUGAGGACUUUGGCCAGGAUGAGCAAUAUUUAGAUAGUGAAGGGAGAGGCUUAGGAUGUGAGAAUGAGCGCUGGUAUUUUGAGUUUGUGAUACAGAGACAUGAGGAUUUGCAAAAUGAGCUAGAGGAGUGUAUGAAGAAGAGGAUUAGUACUAAAUUUCAUAAGAGAGACUAUAAUACAUUUGUGCUUGGGGAUAAUAGAGAAGGCAGAUGUGGAACAGGUGAAAAUUCUCAGUUUACAGAACAACCAACACUGCUUAAAAUUCCUUUUAGGGAUAUUCAACUCGGCUAUCAUCAUAGUGCUGGCAUUAGCAUGCAAGGUAUUGCAUACACAUGGGGUAGAUCUACAUAUGGCCAGCUCGGACAAGGAGCAGUUAUCAACCAGAGAAUUCCUUCUUUGCUUGCUCAGCCUCUUGAGAGAGUUGAAAUUAGCGAGAUCAGCUGUGGAUGGCAACACACUCUUGCAGUUACAGUGUCUGGGUACUUAUACUCUUGGGGACUCAAUAUGAAUGGUCAGCUAGGACUUGGUGAUUUCAAAGACAGAAACAUUCCAACUCUGGUUGAGAAAUCGCUAUCAAGCCCAGUCGAUAAAGUGAGUGCUGGCCACUCUCACUCUGCAAUGAUUGACAAUAACUCACAGCUGUACACUUGGGGUGCUAACCCAGACAGUAGACUUUGUAAAAAGACUACUUACUACAAACUUUCAAUGAGGCCCAAAGAUGUAAACAAGCCUUUGAAGUGUAAAGCCCUUGAGAAUAUCAGAAUAGUAGACGUAUCAUGUGGGCAUGAACAUUCAUUGUUCUUAGACAACAAGGGAAUAAUCUAUGCAUCAGGAGAUCCAUCCAAAGGCGAACUUGGAGACCCUUAUUACCAUCCAGACAAAGCAGAGCAGCCCUACUUUGCUCACUAUUUCUUAACAAACGAAAAUGAUAGAUGCAUCAAAGUUAAAGCUGGAGAUGGAUUCUCAGUAUUUUUGUCAUGUGAUGGAAGUGUUUACACUUGUGGUCAAGGUAACUAUGGAAGAUUAGGACAUGAAAAUUGUUCAAGCUUGUCAAAACCAGCAGUGGUUCAAUAUUUCAAAUAUAAGAAUGCUAAAAUAGUUGAUAUCGAAACAGGAGGCAGACAUACCUAUGCUAUUUCCGAUAAAAGAGAGCUUUUCGUAUGGGGAUUCGGCUUCUACCACCAACUUCCAACCAGCUCAAGAGAAGACUGAGAAGAACCUGUCAAAAUCCCUCUCCCAAAGCCCGUUAGCAACAUCUCCUGCGGCUACUUCCACUCCUCCUACAUCCUCACUGACGAAACACUCGACAAUUCAUCAUAAC